CAGAAAUAGGUCGUGGUGGUGGAGCGCUCAGCUGAUCGGGGUCUGACGGAGGUGGCAGCGGUUCUAGCACUUCUGUGGCAGUUGUGUGGCUCCCUAGUGGCACUGCAGCUAAUGGGCAACACUCUACACACCCUGGCACCUUUGCACGCCCACCAGCACCCCGGCCACGCCCAUAGGAUUAAGAAAAAAGGAUAUAAAUAAGAACAUCAACCUCAAAUCUCGUCGAAACCUGAGAAUAUUGAGACCUGUUAUUCCUUGGAGACCUGUAAAGCUGUAGAGGUGCAGAAUGGCGGGUCAGCAGCAGGAGACUAGGAGCUUGUGGGUGUUUGGCUACGGUUCCCUGUGCUGGAUGCCCGGGUUCCAGUUCGGAGGCUCAGCUGUGGGUUACAUUCAAGACUACGUGAGGAGAUUCUGGCAGGGGAAUACCACGCACAGGGGAACUCCAUCGCAGCCUGGAAGAGUGGCGACAUUAGUGGAAGAAGAGGAGGGCUGCACUUGGGGCGUCGCGUACGAGUUGAAGGGAGAGGCGGCGCUGGAGUACCUUGAGAAGAGGGAAGUGGCUUUGGGCGGCUACAACACUACGGUGGUCACUUUCUUCCCGCGCGAUCCCAGCCUGACGCCUUUCCCUGUGCUGCUCUUCAUCGCCACGCCCUCCUCACGCGACUGGGCUGGACAGGCGCCUCUACAUGAGAUAGCCACGCAGGUUAUUGGUUGCUCCGGCCCUUCAGGGCACAAUGUGGAGUAUGUGCUAAGAUUGGCGGAGUUUAUGAGGGAGCACGUGCCGGAAGGGUAUGAUGAGCAUCUGGCCACGCUUGACUCUCUCAUCAGACAACGCAUUAAACAACACAAUCUUUGCCUCAAAACUCUAAUGGGUGAUGGCCCCUCAGACCCCACCCCCUCCCCUACCCCUGCCCCGCACCUCCACCCCCCUCACCAACAAGGGAACGCCGCCCCCUUCCAGCCACCUGCGCAGGAAAGGAGAGAUACGUUUCAAUAUUCCACCAAACUCCCGCCCAAGAAACUGCGAUGCCUUAAUGUGUGAACGUGUCAAUUUUUCGUUUUUUUUUUUUUUUUUUUGUGUGUGGAAGGAAAGGGUUUGUUUGGGAAGGGUUUUUGUUUGGGGGGGGGAGCGAUGUCUGUCUGUUUGUUUGUCUGUUUGUUUAUGUCUUGUUUCUUGUCCUGUUUGUUUUCUGUCUUAUCGAUUUCUCUCUCUCUCUCUCUCUCUCUCUCUCUCUCUCUCUCUCUC